UGGAACCGGCCGGAAGCGGCUGUGGCAGGAUCUGGGCCUCCUCGCCGCGCCUCCUGGAUCUGGGACCCGAAUCCCUCUGUCUCAGCUCGUCCCUCCGUCCCCUCGGCCGCAGGGUGCGGCUGGGCCGGCAGCCGGGACCCCGGGCGUCCUGUUCUGUUCCUGCGCGGGCGACUGUGGGCCCCGACCCUGGAGCCCUCUCUGGGCAGCUCCGCGCCUGCAGCCCCGCGUCUCUUCAGAUUUUGCGGGGACCACGGGAGGGUCAUGGGGGAAUCCCGCGGAGUUUUUUUUUCUGUUAAAGAGUUUGGGCCGGGCGCGGUGGCCCAUGCUUGUAAUCCCAGCACUUUGGGAGGCCGAGGCUGGCGGAUCACGAGGUUAGGAGAUCGAGACCGUCCAGGCUAACACGGUGAAACCCCGUCUCUACUAAAAAUACAAAAAAUUAGACGGGCAUGGUGGCAUGCGCCUGUAGUCCCAGCUACUCAGGAGGCUGAAGCAGGAGAAUCGCAUGACCCCAGGAGACGAAGGUUGCAGUGAGCCGAGAUCACGCCACUGCACUCCAACCUAGGGGACAGAGCGAGAUUCCAUCUCAAAAAAAAAAAAAAAAGAAAAUUAAAGAGUUUGAGCAAACAGCGAUUCAUGAGUGAGAAACGCCCAGUCAUGAUUUGUGGUUUGUUACCAGAAAGUUUUAAGAAUUGCAUUUUGUUAACGGUGGAGGGGGUCCAGGUUCUUGGCGUCUUGAACAAAGAAUUGGACAAAACGCACAAAGCAAGGAAGGAAUGAAGGGAUUUAACACUCCACAGUGUGCAAGCGGGGCUGAGCACAGGGGCUCAAAGGCCCCGUUACAGAAUUUUUGGGAGUUUAAAUACCCCCUGGAGGAUUCCAUUGGUUACUUGGGGUAUACUCUAUGUAAAAGGAGAGGAUGAAGUAAAGUUAUAAAAUCAUUUACUUGGCUUACGCCCUAUGGAGUAGGUAUUUCCUUUCAUAGCUGAAGUUUGAAUAGGCCUUAUGUUCCCUGCGUCCAGACCCUAUUUUCCUGCCUCAAUUUGAGUUUGAUUUUGGUGUCCUUAGGUAGUUUCUUAUAGCACUAAACACACUUCAGUCUAAUUGCUGCUGCUUUAAAUUUUUUCACACUGUCUAUAGGGACUGGCUUCCUCCUGCAUUUUCCUAAUCUAUGGGUCUCAAAUCCUCCACCCUGCUACCCCGCCCUAACUCUUCAGCGGUUUGCAGUAACAUCUUAAAUUUUCAAUUACUUUUCCGCAUCUCCAAACAUUAACUCCCCUUCUCCAACUCACAGUAUUAUCAACUUUCUUUUUUUUUUUGAGACGGAGUUUCACUCUUGUUGCCCAGGCUGGAAUGCAAUGGCAUGAUCUUGGCUCAUUGCAACCUCUGCCUCCCGGGUUCAAGUGAUUCUCCUGCCUCAGCCUCCUGUAUCAACUUUCUUUAUUGUAGAGUAUAUUUCUUCAUCCUUUCUUUCACAUAGAUGCAGUAUUUUAGUGGUUUAUCAUCUUUUCACAAGGUCAUGGAUGACUCUUUUUAAAAUAUUUGUGUUCUGUUUCUGAACAUUUCACAUAGAAUAGAGAAUAACCACUUGAUCCUCCAGUGAAAAACCUCUGUUCCUCUCCUCUUAUCUUCGUAAGGCACAGACACCAUCUCAGAAUGUCUUUGGGUUGUUUCCUUUUUUUUUUUUUUUUUUUUUGAGAGAAAGUCUCUCUCUGUAACCCAGGCUGAAUUGAAGUGGCAUGGUCUUGGCUCACUGCAACCUCCGCCUCCCAGGUUCAGGUGAUUCUCCUGCCGUCAGCCUCCCGAGUAGCUGGGUUUGCAGGUAUGCGCCACCAUACCCCAUGUAUUUUUAGUAGAGAUGGGGUUUCACCAUGUUGGUCAGGCUGGUCUCGAACUCCUGAGCUCAAAUGAUCUGCCCGCCUCAGCCUCCCAAAGUGCUGUAAUUUUACAGGCGUGAGCCACCGUGCCUGGCCUGUUUCCUUUUUGAAAACUUCACAGGGUGAUGUGUCUUCAGGAGUCCCAAUCUAUAUUUUCCUGGUCCUGGGUUUCAGAACCGCCUGGGUCUGAACCAAAAUGCCCACAGCUCCCAUCUCUCCUGGCCUACUGAAUAUCAGCCCCUGUGUCAGUCCUCCCAGAGGAUAGCCUGAGGCAGGGUGUGGGGCCUCCCAAAGGAGCAACUGAAUUUCCCAAAUGGGAGGAGACUCCUGGUACACUCUUCAUCUAGAUAGCCAACCCCUUGGGAUGCUUAGUUUUUCUACCCCAGUCCCAGCUUCCAUUAUUUGCAGACACAUAGCUGGUCCGCCAGUUGGAUGUUGCUAUUAAGGGAAAGGUGUAGGUGAAGUGAGCCACAGCGGAGUCAUCUCAACAAAGCCAUAAAGCCAUGACAUAACAGUGCAUUACUCACAUCCCAGACAGAUGAGGGCAGCACACCUUGCAGGGCAACACAGAGUGGGGGGAACAUCCAGGAUGCACAUUCAACCAGCAGGCUGGAGUGAAGUGGCGCUCUCUCAGCUCACUGCAACCGCCGCUUCUCGAGUUCAAGCGAUUCUCCUGCCUCAGCCUCCCGAGUAGCUGGGAUUACAGGCACGCACACACCCGGCUAAUUUUUGUGUUUUUUAGUAGAGAGGGAGUUUCACCAUGUUGGCCAGACUGGUCUUGAACUCCUCACCUGAAGUGAUUGGCCUGCCUUGGCCUCCCAAAGUGCUGGGAUUACAGGCAUGAGCCACUACACAUGGCUUGAGUACGGGUUUCUUCUGUUAUAAGAAAGUGAAACCCAUAAUGAAAAUGCAUGGUAAGGUAACAUAAGAAGUCACGGUAACAGGCAACUCUAGAAUUAAUUCAUAUGGAGAUGAUGGGCUUCAAAGAUUGUUUGUUCUCCUGUAAGUAACCAUCUGUCCCUGUUCCUUCUGAUGUUUCAGGAUUCAGUGGCCUUUGAGGAUGUGGCUGUGAGCUUCACCCAGGAGGAGUGGGCUUUGCUGGAUCCUUCCCAGAAGAAUCUCUACAGGGAUGUGAUGCAGGAAACCUUCAAGAACCUGACCUCUGUAGGAAAAACAUGGAAAGUUCAGAACAUUGAAGAUGAGUACAAAAAUCCCAGGAGAAAUCUAAGUCUUAUGAGAGAGAAACUCUGUGAAAGUAAAGAAAGUCAUCACUGUGGAGAAAGCUUCAACCAGAUUGCAGAUGACAUGCUGAACAGGAAAACUCUUCCUGGAAUAACACCAUGUGAAAGCAGUGUGUGUGGAGAAGUUGGCACGGGUCAUUCAGCUCUUAAUAGGCAUAUCAGAGCUGACACUGGACACAAGUCAUCUGAGUAUCAGGAAUAUGGAGAGAAUCCAUAUAGAAAUAAGGAAUGUAAGAAAGCCUUCAGUUAUCUUGACUCCUUUCAAUCACAUGAUAAAGCUUGCACUAAAGAGAAACCCUAUGAUGGUAAAGAAUGUGCAGAAACCUUCAUUUCCCAUUCAUGCAUUCAAAGACACAGGGUAAUGCACAGUGGAGAUGGACCUUAUAAAUGUAAGUUUUGUGGGAAAGCCUUCUAUUUUCUCAAUUUAUGUCUUAUCCAUGAACGAAUUCACACUGGUGUGAAACCAUAUAAGUGUAAACAAUGUGGUAAGGCCUUUACUCGUUCCACUACCCUUCCAGUACAUGAAAGAACUCACACAGGAGUGAAAGCCGAUGAAUGUAAAGAAUGUGGGAAUGCAUUCAGUUUUCCUAGUGAAAUUCGUAGACAUAAAAGGCCUCACACUGGAGAAAAACCCUAUGAGUGUAAGCAAUGUGGGAAAGUCUUCAUUUCUUUCAGUUCCAUUCAGUAUCAUAAGAUGACUCACACUGGAGAGAAACCCUAUGAAUGUAAGCAGUGUGGGAAAGCCUUUAGAUGUGGCUCACACCUUCAAAAGCAUGGAAGGACUCACACUGGAGAGAAACCCUAUGAAUGUAGGCAAUGUGGUAAAGCCUUCAGAUGUACCUCGGACCUUCAAAGGCAUGAAAAGACACACACUGAGGAUAAACCCUAUGGAUGUAAGCAGUGUGGGAAAGGCUUUAGAUGUGCUUCACAACUUCAAAUUCAUGAAAGGACGCACAGUGGAGAGAAACCCCAUGAAUGUAAGGAAUGUGGAAAAGUAUUCAAGUAUUUUUCUUCCUUGCGUAUACAUGAAAGGACGCACACUGGAGAGAAGCCCCAUGAAUGUAAGCAAUGUGGAAAAGCAUUCAGGUAUUUCUCUUCCUUGCAUAUACAUGAAAGGACACACACUGGAGAUAAGCCAUAUGAGUGUAAGGUAUGUGGCAAAGCCUUCACUUGUUCCAGUUCCAUUCGAUAUCAUGAAAGGACUCACACUGGAGAGAAACCCUAUGAAUGUAAGCACUGUGGUAAGGCCUUUAUUUCCAAUUACAUUCGAUAUCAUGAAAGGACUCACACUGGAGAGAAACCCUAUCAAUGCAAGCAAUGUGGCAAAGCCUUUAUUCGUGCCAGUUCUUGUCGAGAACAUGAAAGAACUCAUACCAUUAACAGAUGAGAAAUCCUAUUAGUGGAAGCAACGGGAGAAGCUUUCUGUUGUCCCACUUCCUUUGAAACACGAGAAAAGAGAGUGGUGAAAGAACCUCUGGAUAACUGCUUUUUGAAUUGAGAAGAGAGACUUGUGAUAGGACAAUAAAAUCUAGAAGGACUUGGAUGGUUUUGUAAUACAAUUCACCUAUAGCCAAUCUUGCAUGAGAUUUCAAAGGCACAGAAAAGGAAGGCAUCAGUCACAUAUUAGAGGCACCACACAGGGAGAGAGGUGUGUGGCUACCCGCUUCCAGCCCAUUUUCCUGAUUCUUUGGCUUGUUAAUCGAGAAUAUCCCCCAAAUCACUUGUCUCUGUUCCUCAGAGUUGUAGGUCUCCAGAUAUGUCCCCAGUGCUCCACAUUAAAGAUACAUGCCCCCUCUCCCUCUCCCUCUCCCUCUCCCUCUCCCUCUCCCCUCUUUCCACGGUCUCCCUCUGAUGCCGAGCCGAAGCUGGACGGUACUGCUGCCAUCUCAGCUCACUGCAACCUCCCUGCCUGAUUCUCCUGCCUCAGCCUGCCGAGUGCCUGCGAUUGCAGGCGCGCACCGCCCCGCCUGACUGGUUUUCGUAUUUUUUUGGUGGAGACGGGGUUUCGCUGUGUUGGCUGGGCUGGUCUCCAGCUCCUAACCGCGAGUGAUCAGCCAGCCUCGGCCUCCCGAGGUGCCGGGAUUGCAGACAGAGCCUGGUUAACUCAGUGCUCAAUGGUGCCCAGGCUGGAGUGCAGUGGCGUGAUCUUGGCCCGCUACAACCACCUCCCAGCCGCCUGCCUUGGCCUCCCAAAGUGCCGAGAUUGCAGCCUCUGCCCGGCUGCCGCCCCGUCUGGGAAGUGAGGAGCGUCUCCGCCUGGCCGCCCAUCGUCCGGGAGGUGAGGAGCCCCUCUGCCUGGCUGCCCAGUCUGGAAAGUGAGGAGCGUCUCUGCCCGGCCGCCAUCCCAUCUAGGAAACAAGGAGCGCCUCUUCCCAGCCGCCAUCACAUCUGGGAAGUGAGGAGCCUCUCUGCCCGGCCGCCCAUCGUCUGAGAUGUGGGGAGCACCUCUGCCCUGCCGCCCAGUCCGGGAUGUGAGGAGCGUCUCUGCCCGGCCGCCCCGUCUGAGAAGUGAGGAGACCCUCUGCCUGGCAACCGCCCCGUCUGAGAAGUGAGGAGCCCCUCCGCCCGGCAGCCGCCCUGCCCGAGAAGUGAGGAGCCCCUCCGCCCAGCAGCCACCCCGUCUGGGAAGUGAGGAGCGUCUCCGCCUGGCAGCCACCUCGUCCGGGAGGGAGGUGGGGGGGUCAGCCCCCCACCCGGCCAGCCACCCCGUCCGGGAGGGAGGUGGAGGGAUCAGCCCCCCGCCCGGCCAGCCACCCUGUCCGGGAGGUGAGGGGCGCCUCUGCCCGGCCACCCCUACUGGGAAGUGAGGAGCCCCUCUGCACGGCCAGCCGCUCCGUCCGGGAGGGAGGUGGGGGGGGUCAGCCCCCCGCCCGGCCAGCCAACCCGUCCAGGAGGGAGGUGGGGGGGGGGUCAGUCCCCCGCCCGGCCAGCCGCCGCGUCCGGGAGGGAGGUGGGGGGGCCAGCCCCCCGCCCGGCGAGCCGCCCCGUCCGGAAGGGAGGUGGGGGGGUUAGCCCACCGCCCAGCCUGCCGCCCUGUCCAGGAGGGAGGUGGGGGUUCGGCCCCCUGCCUGGCCGGCCACCCGGUCCGAGAGGUGAGGGGCGCCUCUGCCCGGCCGCCCCUACUGGGAAGUGAGGAGCCCCUCAGCCCAGCCAGCCGCCCCGUCCGGGAGGGAGGUGGGGGGGUCAGCCCACCGCCCAGCCUGCCACCCUGUCCGGGAGGGAGGUGGGGGGGUCAGCCCCCCGCCCGGCCAGCCAACCCGUCCAGGAGGGAGGUGGGGGGGGGUCAGUCCCCCGCCCGGCCAGCCGCCCCGUCCGGGAGGUGAGGGGCACCUCUGCCCGGCCGCCCCUACUGGGAAGUGAGGAGCCCCCCCCGCCCGGCCAGCCGCCCCGUCCGGGAGGGAGGUGGGGGGGCCAGCCCCCCGCCCGGCGAGCCGCCCCGUCCGGAAGGGAGGUGGGGGGGUUAGUCCACCGCCCAGCCUGCCGCCCUGUCUGGGAGGGAGGUGGGGGUUCGGCCCCCCGCCUGGCCGGCCACCCGGUCCGAGAGGUGAGGGGCGCCUCUGCCCGGCCGCCCCUACUGGGAAGUGAGGAGCCCCUCUGCCCGGCCAGCCGCUCUGUCCGGGAGGGAGGUGGGGGGGUCAGCCCCCCGCCCGGCCAGCCACCCUGUCCGGAAGGGAGGUGGGGGGGGUCAACCCCCCGCCUGGCCAGCCGCCCCGUCCGGGAGGUGAGGGGCACCUCUGCCCGGCCGCCCCUACUGGGAAGUGAGGAGCCCCCCCCGCCCGGUCAGCCGCCCCGUCCGGGAGGGAGGUGGGGGGGUCAGCCCCCCGCCAAGCAAGCCGCCCCGUCCGGGAGGUGAGGGGCGCCUCUGCCCGGCCGCCCCUACUGGGAAGUGAGGAGCCCCUCAGCCCGGCCAGCCGCCCCGUCCGGGAGGGAGGUGGGGGGGUCAGCCCACCGCCCAGCCUGCCACCCUGUCCGGGAGGGAGGUGGGGGGUCAGCCCCCCGCCUGGCCAGCCGCCCCAUCCGGGAGGGAGGUGGGGGGGUCAGCCCACUGCCCAGCCUGCCGCCCUGUCCGGGAGGGAGGUGGGGGUUCGGCCCCCCGCCUGGCCAGCCGCCCCAUCCGGGAGGUGAGGGGCGCCUCUGCCCGGCCGCCCCUACUGGGAAGUGAGGAGCCCCUCUGCCCGGCCAGCCGCCCCGACCAGGAGGGAGGUGGGGGGGGUCAGCCCCCUGCCCGGCCAGCCACCCCGUCCGGGAGGUGAGGGGCACCUCUGCCCGGCCGCCCCUACUGGGAAGUGAGGAGCCCCUCUGCCCGGCCACCACCCCGGCUUGGAGGUGUACCCAACAGCUCAUUGAGAACGGGUCAUGAUGACAAUGGCGGUUUUGUGGAGUGGAAGGGGGGGAAAGGUGGGGAAAAGAUUGAGAAAUCGGAUGGUUGCCGUGUCUGUGUAGAAAGAGGUAGACAUGGGAGACUUUUCAUUUUGUUCUGUACUAAGAAAAAAUUCUUCUGCCUUGGAAAAAAAAAAAAAAAGAUACAUGCCCACUUUGCUGUUUCUUCAGAAAUGUUAAAAUGUUUACCAGAGAACUAAUAAAUGUUGUUAUGGCUGGAAAUACUCUCUGAUGCCCAACUCUUCUAUAGAUUGAGUUGGUUUAAGAGGUCUACUUUGUAUUGCAAGCAUUGUUGUUUCUACGGAUUAGUGAGCCUGUUCUUGAUUAAACCAACUAGAUGGGAGCUUGUUCCUCUGCUGCACUGUGCAGUGAUUGGUCUCACCAAGGGCUUUUAUGUGAGAAGAACCACCUUGCUCUUAUCAGGAAAUUUCAAGUGUUUGCUGUUAUUCACAACUGAAUGUAAUGUCUCACUUCGUUUUUAACUUUGUAUGAGUAUACCUGACUAAAAACACUAAUGCGGUUUCUUGGCAACAAAUACUUCUGUUCAUGUAUUUUAGAAAUAAGCUUAUUAACUGUUUAUAACAACUGCAUACUAACAAUUAUUAUUUUUUAAUGAAGAAGCUACAUUACAACAUCCCAUUAACAUCAUGUAUUAGAUCAAGUUGAUAAUGUUACCGUGUUAUCCGGUGGACAUUGUGAGUCAGUGUUGCCAUGUGGAUGUCAGGCAUAUUUUUCCUCAUGUAGAUUUUACUUUUCAUGCUUAUAUUCUUAGUUUUUAUCUGGAUCAUGAAUUUUCAUCUAUUCUAAAUACCAAAGGUGAUCUCAUGUUCUUAUGAGUGACUUCUGACCAAAGACCACCAGUGGCAUAAGUGUCGUCAAAGAGGGUGUAAUAUACUGUGGUAAUGAAUAUGACCAAAAGCCAUAGAUGACUGUGAGAUGUGUGAGAUAUUAAAAGGUAGUCACAUUCGUGAGAAGAGAAAAAUUUGGGGUAUGUUUGCAAUUUAAAGUGUUUUCUUCUGUCACAUUUCAAGACAUGGUUAAAGAAUGAGGUUUUUUUAAAUUUAAAUUUUUAUUUUU